AUGGAAGGCAGCUCAAACUCGUCUUCUCUGCCCCCGUACGACGAGUUUCCGACGCGCUUCCUGCUGACGAUGGCGACUUCCUUGCCUUCCUUCAUGUUCCUCUUCAUCAACGGCUCUAUCCUCUCGGUCCUGCGCAGUAAACCCACGUUCUCCCAGUGCCCGCGCUAUGUCCUGCUCUUCAACCUGGUGCUCAGUGACACCAUCCUCAUCGCUCAGGCCCAGACUCUCUACCUCCUCGCCACCUACUCGGUCUGGAUGUCCUACCCCCUGUGCAUCAGCCUCACAUUGGUCUCCUACCUGUCCUUCCAGAUCUCUCCGUACACGUUGAUGUUCAUGUCUUUAGAGCGAUUUGUCGCCGUGUGUUUGCCCCUUAAACACCCCACGAUCAUCACGCUGAAAAACACCUACGCCACCAUCCUCCUGAUGUGGUCUGUGAGCUGUUUAGACGUUUUUAUCCGGGUCAUGCUCAUACUCGAGUUUCCCUUUCACGAGCUUCCGGACCUGCAGAUGCGAGAGUUCUGCAGUAUGGACAACAUGUCAUUUGGCCCUAAAUCCUCAAUGUACAACACAGUCUACACGUAUUUCCUGUUUGCUACGUCUGCGCUGGUCAUCUUGUCUUCCUUCAUGGCCGUGAUGGUGAUCGCCUGCUUGGCCUCGGAGGACAAGGCUCAGGUGGAGAAGACCCGAAACACUCUACUCCUGCAUCUGUUUCAGCUGGGACUCAAUUUCCUGUCUGUGAUGCACACGUACGUCUUUGUGGCGGUGGUGAUGUGCUGUGGCCUGCGUAGCCGCCUGUUCGUGAUGGUGUAUGUGUGCGUGGUGCUGAUGCCGCGCUGCCUCAGUGCUCUGACGUACGGCCUCCGGGACCCCGCCCUCAGACCGGCGCUGGGGACACAUCUGAGCUGUGGGCUGCAGCUCCGGGCAGGAAGGAUCCAGGUGAAGGGUUUGGUUCUGAGGAACAAGCACAUGUAA